GAUAUAACCAAACCAAAUGUUGCCUCCCCAUACAUCGCCAACUCUUCCUCCUUGUCGCCAUUUCUUCAUCAUGGGAAAAUGUGAAUACCCAUGUCUCUCUCUCUUUCUCUCUCUGGUUCCAAUCUUCCAUUACCACCUCCAUCUGUAAAAAAUCCACCCUUUUGCUUCUCUGAUAUUGAUCAACCUUUAUUCACUAUGAAUCUACCCGUUUGUGCCUCUGAAUUUUCCCCUUUGUUCUGUUAUCAAUAAUAAUAAAUUUUCCAGAUUGUAAAUAAGCAAUCAAAAACAAAAAACAAAAAACUUUUCUGAUGCGAAGAUGAGUAAAAGAGAGGGUCCCAAUAAGACAAAGAAUGUUGCUUUGGUUAUAAUUGUUGUGUUUUUCAGCUGCAUUGAGGGGCCAAGGCUUGUAUCUUGUCAGAAAAAUGGUGCUGGUUCUGGUGGUGCUGGGAUGGAGAUAUUGGCCCAGCAAAUGUACAAAGCCAUGUCCAAUUACACGUCUAUCUUCAAAAGUGCAAUAAAAAAAGAGCUGGGUUAUUGCAUACUUGAUGUAGAUGCUGAUUGGGAUGGGGCGUUCAAUUUCACCAAAGAUCUAACCUUUUUGACCUUGUGUGCCCAGGAAAUGAAAGGUGAUAUUACACAGAGGAUGUGCACAGCAGGAGAAAUUGAAGCCUAUGCCAGAAGUUUUGCUAGCAGAUCAAGAUCCACCAUCAUGAAGCCUAACAUAAACUGUAAUAUGAGUUCAUGGGUUAAUGGAUGUGAGCCAGGGUGGGGUUGUAAGGCUAAUCAAAAAGUAGACCUUGACAGUAAGAAGAAGGAGAUACCUGUUAGAUCUGCUGAGUGUCAACCUUGUUGUGAAGGUUUCUUUUGUCCUCAUGGGAUUACUUGCAUGAUACCAUGCCCUUUGGGUUCUUAUUGUCCACGAGCGCAACUCAAUAAAACUAGUGGAAUAUGUGAACCAUAUCGUUAUCAGCUACCUCCUGGAAAGGAUAACCAUACUUGUGGAGGAGCAAAUAUUUGGGCAGAUGUAGCUAGUAGUGGUGAGAUGUUCUGUUCAGCAGGAUCAUUCUGUCCAUCUACAAUCACAAAAAAUUCUUGCAAUAAAGGGUAUUACUGCAGAACAGGUUCUACUGCUCAAGAGCGGUGUUUCAGGUAUGCAAGCUGUGAGCCUAAAUCAACAAAUCAAAAUAUCACUGCAUAUGGUGUCCUGUUUUUUGCUGCCUUGGGUUUCCUGCUUAUUAUCAUAUAUAACUGUUCUGACCAAGUUAUUGCAACUCGAGAAAGAAGACAAGCAAAAUCAAGAGAAAGGGCUGCAGCAAGUGUGAGAGAAUCACAAGCGCGUGAAAAAUGGAAAACUGCAAAAGAAACUGCCAAGAAGCAUGCAGUUGGAUUGCAAUCACAAUUAUCGCGCACAUUUUCUCGCAAGAAAACUUCAAAGCUAGAUUUGAAAGGUUUUGGUUCUAAACAUACAGACUUGCCACCUGUGGCACCAGCAGGUGCUAGUACAUCAAAAGGAAAGAAAAAGGACAAAAGCAACCUCACAAACAUAAUAAAUGAUAUUGAGCAAGACCCUGAUAGUCAAGAAGGCUUCAAUGUUCAGAUAGGAGAUAAGAAUGUCAAAAAGCAUGCACCAAGGGGUAAACAAUUGCAUACUCAGAGCCAGAUUUUCAAGUAUGCAUAUGGUCAGAUUGAAAAGGAAAAGGCUUUACAGGAACAAACUAAAAACAUGACCUUCUCUGGAGUAAUUUCAAUGGCUAAUGACAUUGAGAUAAGGAAGAGGCCAACCAUUGAGGUUGCUUUUAAAGACUUAACCCUCACUUUGAAAGGGAAAAACAAACAUCUAUUGAGAUGUGUGACUGGUAAAUUACAUCCCGGCCGUGUUUCAGCAGUCAUGGGUCCAUCCGGGGCUGGUAAGACAACAUUUCUUUCUGCUUUAACUGGAAAAGCAACUGGAUGUCACACAACUGGUCAAGUUCUUGUGAACGGCAAGGAAUCAUCAAUGCGAUCAUACAAGAAGAUCAUUGGCUUUGUGCCACAAGAUGAUAUUGUCCAUGGCAAUUUGACAGUGGAGGAGAAUCUGUGGUUCAGUGCCAGAUGCAGACUCUCUGCUGAUCUACCAAAAGAAGAGAAAGUGUUGGUGGUUGAAAGAGUCAUUGAGUCUUUGGGCCUUCAGGCAAUAAGGGAUUCUCUGGUUGGGACAGUGGAGAAGAGAGGAAUCUCUGGAGGUCAAAGGAAAAGAGUAAACGUUGGACUGGAAAUGGUUAUGGAACCUUCCCUUCUAAUUUUGGAUGAACCCACAUCAGGUUUAGACAGUUCAUCUUCUCAGUUACUGCUUAGAGCCCUUAGACGCGAGGCUCUUGAAGGUGUCAACAUAUGUGUAGUCCUUCACCAACCAAGUUACACCUUGUUCAAAAUGUUUGAUGAUUUUAUACUGCUUGCAAAAGGAGGACUUACAGUGUAUCAUGGACCUGUGAACAAAGUGGAAGAGUACUUUUCAAGCAUGGGAAUUGUAGUCCCUGACCGUGUCAACCCUCCAGAUUACUAUAUUGAUAUUUUGGAAGGAAUAAUAAAACUAAGCGCAAGUUCAGGAGUGAACCUUAAACAACUACCUGUUAGAUGGAUGCUUCAUAAUGGGUACCCGGUGCCUAUGGAUAUGCUGAAGACUGUUGAAGGAUUGACCACCCCAGGUGGUGAUGGUUCAGCACAUGGAGCAGCUACCCCUGGACAAGAUGCUGGAGCAUCUUCUUUUGCUGGAGAACUUUGGCAGGAUGUGAAGUGCAAUGUUGAGAUGAAGAGGGACACUCUUCAACUCAACUUCCUAAGUUCAAACGACGACUUGUCCGAUAGGAAAACACCUGGAGCUUUCACACAAUACAAAUACUUUCUUGGAAGAGUUGGUAAGCAGAGGCUAAGAGAAGCUAGAACACAAGCUGUAGAUUUUCUGAUUUUGCUGCUAGCUGGCCUCUGCUUAGGAACACUUGCCAAAGUGAGUGAUGAAUCUUUUGGAGCAACCGGUUAUACAUACACAGUAAUAGCAGUUUCACUCCUGUCCAAGAUUGCGGCUAUGAGAUCAUUCUCAAUGGACAAGUUGCACUACUGGAGGGAAAGUGCUUCCGGGAUGAGUAGCCUGGCUUACUUUCUUUCAAAGGACACGGUUGACCAUUUCAGCACAGUUGUCAAACCUCUGUUUUAUCUCUCAAUGUUCUAUUUCUUCAACAAUCCAAGAUCAACUGUCACAGAUAACUACAUGGUUCUGCUAUGUUUGGUGUAUUGUGUCACUGGCAUAGCUUAUGUAUUGGCAAUCUCCCUUCAACCCGGUCCAGCCCAGCUGUGGUCAGUGUUACUUCCAGUAGUUUUGACACUCGUAGCAACCUAUGAUAAUGAAGAAGAUAGCAGUAUAGUGCGCUUUCUAUCUGAUUUGUGCUACACCAAGUGGGCUCUUGAAGCAUUUGUAAUAUCAAAUGCUAAAAGAUAUUCUGGAGUUUGGUUAAUUAGUCGAUGUGGUGCACUCAAUUCAUACGGCUAUGAUCUCAAACACUACAACUAUUGUUUACUCCUCCUCGUUGUGACAGGGGCUAUUAGCCGCAUGCUUGCAUUUUUUUGUAUGGUAACCUUCCAAAAGAAAUAGUUUCAGCACUUCAAUCCCUCUGAUUUUUUUGGACUGAUUAAAGAUGUCCAACACUCUGGCUGGUGCUACAAAUCAUGGAAUGUGCCCAUCAACUGGUAAAGAAACUUGACAUGAGUUGUAUCUUGGUAUGAACAGAAGAUCAUCAGAGUUUGAGAGCAAGUGUUAGCUGUGGAUAUUGUAGGAUUAGACUUCUUAAAAGAUAACCCUUAACAGUAAUUGCAAUUUUCUACACAAUUACUAGUUUUCAAUAUGCUUCAACAGUUUUAACAUUAUCAUUCAUGCCAACACCAAUUGGUUUGGUGGUGGCAGCAGCCAAAUUGUAUAUGACACUAUCAAUAAAUUUGAAGAUUGCGAUAAACUUCUCUAUUCA